UGUGUGUGUGUCUGAGCAGAAAGCUUUGAGAGAGCUGAGCUGCUGCUCACUCAGCAGCACCCUGCAGGCUGCCGGUCUGUUCAGCGCACGAUGCCUUCACCGAUCCCCGUGAGUCGCCUGCUGCCCAGAGACCUCUACCCCUCUCUGGACAUCGGGACCUGCAGCAGUCCGCUGACCAAAUAUCCUCACGGCGCCACGUUACAAGUCCCGGCACCACGGCCCAACGGCAGAACCGCCAGCCGGCUCUGGUCCUCUGUGAUCCACUGGAAGGAGCUGCGCUCCAUGCAGCCAGUGGGCUCCGGGGGCUUCGGCUCCGUCUACAAGGCGGAGUACCUCGGAGACACCGUCGCGCUGAAGAAAGUGAAGAAGUGCACAAAGAACAAGCUGGCGUCCCGCCAGAGCUUCUGGGCCGAGCUGAACGCGGCACACCUGCGCCACAGGAACAUCGUGCGCGUGAUCGCGGCCAGCACCUGCGUGCCCGCGGAGUGUGAGGACGACAGCAGCAUCGGGACGGUGCUGAUGGAGUUCGUGGGGAGCAGGAAUCUGCAGCAGGUCAUCUACGAGUGUGCCGAGCCGCUGGGAGAGGACCGCCGGCUCCGGUACUCCGCGGACAUCGUGCACGGCCUGCGGUUCCUGCACUCGCACGACGUGGUGCAUCUGGACAUCAAGCCGGCCAACGUGCUGCUGUCCGGCGACGACGUCUGUAAAAUCGCCGACUUCGGCUGCUCUCUGAAACUGGAGCGAGGCUGUGAGGUGAGAGCCACCAGCCCGCUGCUCAGUCACGUUGGGGGCACGUACACGCACAGACCCCCCGAGCUGCUGAAGGGCGAGGCGGUGUCGCCUAAAGCGGACAUCUUCUCCUUCGGGAUCACUGUGUGGCAGCUGCUGACCCGAGAGCAGCCGUACACCGGGGACCGGCAGCACGUGCUGUACGCGGUGGUGGCGCACAACCUGCGGCCGUGUGUGCGCAGCCAGCCGCUGUUCCGGUCGGAGAGGGGCCAGCUGUGGAGGACUCUGCUGAGCCGCUGCUGGAGCGGAGAGGCCCGCUGCAGACCCAGCGCCCAGGAGGUGCUGCUGUACCUGGAUCAGCUGCGCUCCCAGGUGUGACCCCUGUCAGCACUGACAGCUGGGGGUUUGGACCUGACAGGUUUUCGGAACAUUUUUAAAGGUGCUCUUACAAGACGAAGCCGGACUGCCAUGUUCUUAUCAUCCCAUUCGUGUUCGAAUCAGAACUUCACAGUUUAAGUGCCUUUAAUUCUGAACGACGUCACGCAGGCCUCGUGGUUGACGUCUCCAGCAGUCAGACACAGAGACAGUCGCGUGCACACUGAACAUGAGCUGUCCCAGCCAGCAUCCACACUUCGCUCAGCUUACUCUGACACUUCUGACUCUUUUAGCCAUUUUUCUUAAACUAUGGAACAACACGUUGUGAACCGAGUUUUAUUUGCCAUGAUGAGGUUGUAUUGAGAUUUCAGUGUGAUGGUUUUCAUUAAAAUUAUUUUUAUACAC